CGCAAGAGAGCGGCAAGGCAAGACAGAACGAAGUAGGCGAAGAAGUCUCGCGCGCGAACUCGGUACGCUGCAGGCGAUGACCGCAUUCAUAUGAGUUUUUAUUAUAUUGUGAGAGUGCUGUCGUGUUCCCUGUUCCGUAAAAGUGUUCACAAAAAUGCUGUAUAGGUGAACAAACCAAAACUAGUGUUGUGAUUGUGUUAACGUAUUUCCAUUUUUAUCUUAAUUUGUCUCAAACAAGGUUUAAAAAUGCCUUGCUCAGCGGUAACUUUGUCUAUAGCGACCAUUACAGCUAUCGUAGCUGCUGCGUUAAUGGCAAUAGCGUUUUCAACAGAUAACUGGCUGUAUAUUGAAGUCAAGCGCAGUAACAUACAGACAUACGUGACACAGAACACAGAUAUCAACUCUCAAGCCAUCCUCGAGAGCCUCAACAACAAGUACUAUUUCUACACGCGGACGCGAGGCUUGUUCCGUAUCUGCUACCCCAAGGAGCGACCUCCUUCUGUGGAAAUCUACUUAUCGCCAGUAGAGACUCACUGCAGCAAUGUGGAUUACUUCAUCCCUGACGAAAACAACGAGACUAGGGGACUGUCAGAAGAUGCAAUGAAUAGGUUGCACAUGGCCCGGUCAACGGUGGCCCUAUUCAUGGUGGGAUUCCUUACCUUAUUCAUAGCGUUCUGGACUGGCGUCGUUGGCUGCUGGAAGAGGAGUCCUGGAAACAUCACCGCCACUGCUAUACUUAUGCUUGUUACUUGUCUAUUAGCGGCCGGCGCGAUGGCGCUGUGGCACGGAGUGGAGUUCUACGAGAAAGAGAAAGCCGUGGGGGAGGAAUACUACCAGCAGUGGCCUAACGUAUUGAAAGACAACUCAUCGGUAUGGUACGAUUGGUCAUACAUCCUAGCCUGGUUGUCUGUCGGUGUUUCCUUCGGUAGCUCCAUUAUAUUCUUCUCUGCCGCUGUGUGCCUCAGCAAAGAGAAACGCCGCGAGCAGCAGAAUAACGUGCAGUACAUAAUGCCAGUGUACCCGCAAAAGCAGCAGUACGCGUACGCCGGGUACCCGCCGCCGCAGGCGUACCCCGGCCCCUACUACCACGGCUCGCAGUACGGGCCCUACAACUACUGAGCAAGCGACCAGAUGAGGGACGUAGUGGCGGCGACCUUCGCCAACCCCCCCGCCCCGCAGGCGCCCGCGCGCAACCCCCAGCCCCCGCUAGAAACGUACCGCCCCCCCUCG